GCGGGCUGGCCGGCCCCUGUCCGGGAGCUGCUGCGAUGGCCUCUCUGCUCGCCAAGGACGCCUACCUGCAGGGCCUGGCCAAGAAGAUUUGCGCGCAGCCGGGCCCCGAGCCGCGGAAGCGCAAGUGGGCGGGGAAGCCCCAAGGCUCAGAAACCGCCAGGCCGCCCAAAAAGAGAAGGAAGAAGCCGGCCAAGAAGUCGCGGGAGCCUCAGGGGAAGGCCCCAGGGAAGCGAGCCCCCGAGGCCGGGGUGCGGGAGCCAGCCGCCGCGGGUGGCCCGGCCGCACCGUCUGACUCCGUCUUUGCCCUGGACGUCCUGCGGGAGCGACUGCAUGAGAAGAUCCGGGAGGCCCGGGGCCAGGGGGCUGCCGCAGAGCUGUCACCUGCCACCUUGGAGAAGCGGAGACGCAGGCAGCAGGAGCGGGCGCGCAGGAAGAGGAAACGCAAGGAACUGCGCGUGCGGGAGAAGGCCGCCAAGGCCGAGGAGGCUGAGGCUGCUGCGGCCGGGCCGACCCCCGAGGCCCCCUGCAAGCAGCCCCCAGAGCCGCCCGGGCUGAUCUUCAACAAGGUGGAGGUGAGCGAGGAUGAGCCGGUGAGCAAGGCCCAGCGCCGCCGGGAGAAGCAGCAGCGGGUGAAGGGGAACCUCACGCCGCUCACGGGCAGGAACUACCGGCAGCUGCUGGAGCGCCUGCACGCGCGCCAGGACCGGCUGGAGGCGCUGCGGGAACAGGACGCGGGCAAGGCGCAGGAGCUCGAGGCCAAGAUGCAGUGGACCAACCUGCUGUACAAGGCCGAGGGCGUGAAGAUCCGCGACGACGAGGGCCGGCUGCAGGAAGCCCUGAAGCGCAAGGAGCAGCGGCGGGCGCAGCGGAAGCGGCGCUGGGAGAAGCGUGCGGCGCACGUGGUGGAGAAGAUGCAGCAGCGCCAGGACAAGCGGCGGCAGAACCUGCGCAGGAAGAAGGCGGCCCGCGCCGAGCGGCGCCUGCAGAAGGCCCGCAAGAAAGGCCGCAUCCUGCCGCAGGACCUGGAGCGGGCCGGCCUGGCCUGAGCGCCCGUGCCUGUGGGCUGUGUGCACCCAGGGUGUAGGGUGACGCUGCGGUGCCCAGUGGGGCACAGCCCCGGGAAGACCGACGUUCACUACCCCCUAGUGGAAAUCUCCCUGGGGACAGAUGAGACCCCAGAGGUGGGACUGUGGGGGUCCUCCAGGCGGGGCUCUCCCGGGCCGCACACAGGCUGGCACACCCAGCACUUCCUUCUCCCACUGUGCACUGUGGUGGGCAGCGGCAUCCCAGCCAUCUUGAUGUCCAACACUGAUCCUCCUGCCACCCUGGGCGACACUGACUGGGGGCCCUGGAUGGUGAGUUGACAAGCCCCACCAUCUCCUGGAGCCGGUGGGGGUCAGGGAGACGGCUGCGGGUUGUGUCCAGUGCCUGCUCCCUUCCUGAGCAGCCCCCCAAUGCCGGCAUUCAUCUUCUCUGGGGCCCCACCAUGUCCUGCGUGUGCUUGGGACCCCAGCACAGUGGGAC